UGUACAGCUGAUCGCGAGUUCCGUGAUUCGCAAGCAAACAGGCGCGCUAUAUCGUCGUGAUCACAUGUCAAGCGAUCCAGUGAUCCCUUUGAAACUGACCUUACCUUUUCCAACGAAUCUUUUCUAAAUCGUGUUCUUAGCAUCCGAGUUGACGAUGUUACGGCGAUAGCCGGCUAUUGCAUCUUUGGAGAACGCGAAGGGUCGUCUUCGUGCACCCAUCUUCAGUUUCCGCCGUUCGUUCAUUCGUGUUGGUUCUUUGCAUACCGUCGCGUAACCGUGCAAUGUACGUAUGAAAGAGUUACCGUAGCAGAAGAAGAAGAAAAAAGAAAAGGGCGGCUGUGCGUCGUGUAGCCACGCGAUUUACGAAUCUUUGAUCCCUAUCUGGAUGUCGUUGGUCGCCGUGACGUCGUCGUUUAGAGACGGUGGACCGAGAGACGGGACGAGCCGCUUCGAGGCCACGGUUUCGAGGAACACGGUUGCCCACGCUCGAUAAUCGCGAUAAGCUCGUAUAUGAUGGCCAACGAAAUAACACAGAGACCGUACAGAACAACGCUACCAGUUCCGGGCCAUUCGGAAGUGAAUUUAUGCUCGGUGAUAUCACUGGGCAAAGACCUCAGCAAGAUCACCAUGCCGGUCAUAUUCAACGAACCACUUUCCUUCCUCCAACGUGUCGCAGAGUACAUGGAAUACGCGAAAUUGCUUAAGCUAGCGGCUCAAGAGGAAACUCCAAUUGGAAGGUUGCAGUACGUCGCUGCAUUCGCUGUAAGUGCUUUGGCUUCGAACUGGGAAAGACUUGGCAAACCCUUCAAUCCGAUACUCGGUGAAACGUACGAGUUGGAGCGUGAGGACUUCCGAAUAGUCUGCGAACAAGUGUCGCAUCAUCCACCGGUAUCCGCGUUCCACGCGGACAGCGAGGAAUUCACAUUCCACGGCACUAUACACCCGAAAUUGAAGUUCUGGGGCACAUCUAUCCAAGUACAUCCAAAGGGUAUUGUCACCGUCGAGCUUCCUAACACUUUGUACGAAUUCAGAUGGAAGGAAGCGUAUACUUGGCAGAAUAUCAAUUGCAUACUGCACAACGUGCUGGUAGGCCAAUUAUGGAUGGAACAGCUCGGUUCCUUGGAGAUCAAACAAAGCGGCGGAGCGAACUUGAAGGCGACUCUGUGUUUCAAAAGCGCCAGCUGCAAUGCCAAGGACCUUCACCGAGUCGAAGGCUUCGUAACGGAUCAAGAAAAAAGGAAACUGCUAUUUCUUUAUGGAAAAUGGACGGAGAGGAUGAUGGUGUGCGACCCUGCGUUGUACGAAGAAGCGUUGGAGAAGGUGAAACGCGAGGCAAAGAGUCCCCAGGGCAGUCCUGGCCAUAAGAAGGUCCUCGCGAAACUGCACAGCCUCAAGGUCGGAGCGUUCAAACCCUCUCAUCAGGAUGCGAUCGACGAUCCAUCGGCAAGUAUAGACGGAGACGAUACUCCAACGAUCGAAGAUAUUCCUGGAUCGAUUACUCUUUGGGAAGCUUCGCCGAGGCCAACCAAUAGCGCAGAUUAUUACCAGUUUACAACGUUUGCAAUGUCGUUAAACGAACUGACACCGGAAAUAGAAAAAGUUAUAUGUCCGACGGAUUCGAGAUUAAGGCCGGAUAUUAGGAAAUUGGAGAACGGCGAUCAAGAUGGAGCUGCGGCUGAGAAGACGAGGCUCGAAGAGAAGCAAAGAGAUACACGGAAAUCGCGAAAGCACAAGAAAGGAGACGAUUGGACACCCAGGUGGUUCCAAUUGGGCAUGAAUCCAUACACAAACCAAAUGGACUGGUUAUACCGCGGAGGCUAUUGGGAUCGUGGCUACGGCAACAUGGAAGAUAUCUUUUAAUAUACGUGGAAACCCUCAUCCGGGCGGAAUACUUAACGAGUAGCAGAAUGGAAAUGUUCGCUCGCAUGUAUUGGCGAGGAAUAUUCAGACAAAUUGCCGGUAUACUUAAAUCAAGGUGGUUGCCCUUCAACCUUGAUACCGUUCGAAUUUUGUAUCGUUGGUCGAUUUGUUGUACUCAAACAAUCUAAGGAAGCCGAAGUCUCGUCGCUUGUAUCGAUAUCGUAUGUGUUUAUGUAUCUACGAAUGACAGAGAGUCAAUCAUACAGAAGGUACAAGCACGAUGCGCAAACACACUUGUGAAAACACUGUCCUCGAGCACGUAGAGAAUACGCGUUUCAGAAGGAUAAAGCGCAAUGCGAGUAAAGAGCAGCUUUUUCUGUCGACAAGUACCAUUGUGUUCCAUUAAGACGAUGACAGGUGUACGAUCGAUCAACGAGAAUGGAACCGCGCCAGACUUCUAGGACAAAUAAAUGCUCCGGUUACGAGGAGCGAAACUUUUGUACAACGCGCAGCUUUAAACGACAGGCACACACACGCUUAUCUCGAUAACGCGACUCCAGUACUCUGGAAAUCUACGCUGUCGGUCAAAAGUCUGGUAUCGCUUUGCCAAUCUGGAAAAACAUUUUCCAAUCAGUUGUACCGAAUCUUCGGCCAAUUCGCGUCGUUGAUUGCAAAUUGAAAUUUAAAAGGGUUUUUGUAAAGCCUUCGGUAAUUUUCGUCAAUAAAUCGAGAUACCGAUGUCAUUGUGUUACAAAUGUCACAAAAAUGUCACAAAAUGCGUUAUUGUGCUAAAAAAAAAAAAAAAAAAAAAAUUGUAACACAAAUGAUUUCCGAUCGAAGACUCGACAAUCACUGGAUCGGUGCUCUCAAAUAGAAUAAUCUCCACUAUCUCGAUACAUUUUUAAACAUCCGAGAGCUCCAAACUUUUGACCGGUAGCGUAUUUUUUCUCGUACUUACACGAGAUCGUCCUCCACAGAUUCUUUCGACGCGAUCCAAAAGAAAGUGUCACCCAAGCUGCGCCGCGAAGAGAAAAUACCAGUGAAUCUCUAAUGUCCGAUCUACUGUCGGAUGGAUCGAACCGGACGAGCAAGCUUACGCCUCGUAGAGCAAUUCCGUAUGCAGGUCGUACGUGCAUAGUCUUUUUUAGGUAAUCAAAUACGUGUUCUAGCGCUCUAUCUUCGAGUGCCAUCGAGGAACGCGGCAUAGCAGAAUUUACGACACGAAGAAACGAACCAGAUGACACGAUCUCUGCUGAUCGCUGUUUUAGCAUACGAAACUACUCUCUUCGGUUACGAUGUUUCGUCUAUCAUUUCGAAGCUGAAGAAAAUCGAAUUAUUGUUGUUUUCUUUAUGCCUUCAUUGUUUUUCCUCGUUCAGGAAAGUGGGUUACGUAAAUUUAUUAUCAUUAUACGGGCUGUUCUUUGCGAGAGUAGUGGCGGCCGGUAAACGGUUAUAAAAGCUUCGCAUGGGCGGUUAAGGUGGUUCCCAUGGCACAAGGAUAACAGCACGAAGUCCAUCCGUUGGUUGAUGAACGAAAUUGUGGUGAACUAAUAGUCGCAAAUUUUUUAUGACACGAAGACAGACACAAUACAUGUACGAGAUAUGACAGUAAUGUUUCUAGAAUAAUUCGUUUAUUACCGUUUUUCUUUUUUUAAUUAUUUCCGUUGCACUAAUCUUUUUAACUAAAAUCUAGGAUCGUUUCCUGAUUCGUUGUUCGUGUUAUCCUUAAUUAACAUAAUUUCUGGUAUCGAUGUUAAAUAAUAAUAAACGAGCAGAUGAAGGUAAUUGUCUACAUUGUUGGAUUUCCGCCCAGAAUUAUUCCUGAAGCUGUAUCGUCGCACUUCGUAUAAACUCACACACACAGGACAUACAGAGAAACGGUACUUCUGUUCGAUUUCCUUCCAGGAGAACCAUCGAGAGAUCGCAGCGAUCGUAUCUUUUUCACGCAAACACAUUCGUUUUUACGAUUACACGUAGCACACAAGAUCACUUCUGACACUAUUUUUAUAACAAAAAGAGAAUUAAAUGAAAGGGGAGCCCGGCCCGGCCCAUAGCCGACGCCAUCCUUCUCGAUACGUUAGUUUUGACUAGUAGGUUUCUGUACAUACAGCGACUGUACUAUACACUUGUAUCUAAAUAUUAAUGAUUUAGAAGGAUUUUACGCGCGAGGCGGUGAAUUCUAGCGGAAUGAGCGAUCGCUCGACCAAGUUAGCUCAAAAUAGUUAGCUCAAGUCUCCGGGGAAGCUUCGUAACCACGCAUCGAACGAGCAAUAAAUUAAUAUUAAUCGUUAUUCUUUCUUCGUAAGUUGAUUUGGCGUUGUUCAGACCUUUGGUCGAUUUGUUAACAUUUUUUACAUUAUCUGACUCCAUUCAGAAGCGACUUUCGCUCGAUGGUAAUGGUCGAUCAUACGUAUAGGGAUUUCUUCAAGGUUACUAUCUGUCGAAAUUUGUGUCUAUAGAGUUCACUGCGUAUGUUAAUUGCAUAAUGAUGUCUCUUGAUAUUUAUUGUAAAAUCUUACUGAUAGAUUCGAAGCACGUGAUAAUACUACUGGAAAUUGGUCGAAAAAAAAUUGUCGAAAUUUAAAUGAAUUAGGAUUUAUAAAGUUGCCUUCGUUGCAGAUUUCUCCAUUUGAUAUUCGUAAGAAAUCUGCAGCUUAUCUUGGAACGUAUUUGCGAAUGAGGUCAACGAUGUAACUAAUUUUUCCAACACCGUUACUUUUAAUAUUUUGACGACUAAAGUUUGAUUUACCCUAUUUUAUUUUAUAAUUUUAUUUUUUACUACUUCAACCAUAAUUGUUUACCGUUCGUAAAAAUCCUCGAACAGAGUUAGAAAUGUACAAUAAAAAUUAUCUACAGAAUUUUCCGAUUCGGUUCCAUAAUUUCGACAGUAGGCUCAUUUACGACAGCUAAAAGCCAUGAAGGCCUUUAUGCGCGUAUGAUCAACUAACCAAUGACGAUCGUAUGACAAUUUAAUUUUUUCAAAUAGCGUAGAUAGUUUGACUCGAAAUCUAAAAAUAACGUAGGUCAGGCUAUUUGAUACUCAGCGGUGCCAACACAACAUGCUAAUACAACAUGCUAAUUUUUUCUCGAACGUGUAACGUAUAGUCGUACGUAUUCACACAUUUUCUGCCAGUUUCAUCGGUGCAUACAUAGAGUUUAGCUCGGCUUAUCGUUAGCGUGUAAGUGUCGUCCGGCCGUGUUUGUAAUCGCGGUUUGUUAACGAUUUGUUUACGCAAAACUAUGUGGACAUUUAGGCCAGUAUGAGCUAAAAGUAUGUUCGUCGCUUUUGAGAAGCUAACAUCCAUCAAAUCUUAGAGUUUGUCGUAUAAAAUCAUCCAAAUGUGUUGCUUUAUAGAGGAGCCUGAUCAACUUUGACGAAAUAUUUGUCAUAAGUGAUACCAUAAUUGGUAGACGUACGUGUGUAUUACAACUGUAUGUAUAUUGUAUUUCAUGAAUCUUACAAGCUAACCACCAACUGCUUUUACUUUAUUUAUCGAUUUCAUAUUUCAUAAAUCACCUUUGUUUAGGGAUGAAAUUGAGAUGAUUGCAACAGCUUGGAGAAAGUAGAACAUGAGGUAGUUUGUACAUAUUAUAUCGUUGGCCGGCUACUUUAUACAUCAAUUAAUUGCUACUGGAUAUGUCUUAUACAAUAGAAAUUAAUAUUAAGACGUUUCUUCGUAAUUUAUUUAUAUUUAUAUAUAAUUUUAAAUACGUAUUUUAUAUUGAAGGAUUAUGAUAUUAUUUUAGAAUGUGACAGCGUAUACGUAUCUUUGUACAAAGCGGUUUCUUUAUGAAAUUAGUUGUCUAAUAAUUUACAUAUUAUUUUAAAAAAUCAUACGCCAUUGAUAUUAAAUUUGAUUUAAAUUUCUAAUAAUAAUUUAAACAACUCUAAUUUUUCGCCUGUACUAAAUAACGUAGAAACAAGAUUAAAUGAAUUAAUAGAUUAUUGGCUAAUAAUAUGUUAAAAAAAAUGUGAUACUUGUAAUGAUAAUUUAGAAUAUAUGGAGUUCAUUUUCAACUAAAGUCAAUUGUUCGACUAUUGUCGCGUAGACGAAGGAAAGAAAGAUGUUAUUGAUAAACACCGAUAAGCUAGUCUCUCUACAUCACAGCACAUAGACACUAAUUAAUGUACUCGACAGUAUUACUGCAAAACGAAACAGUAUUACGCAUGGAUUAUACAUACACUUAUAGGAAUUGAUCUCUGCGUAAUAACAGACAUUCUUACGCUUCUGUAUAACGUUUCUGAUGAUCGGUAUGAUCCAUUGACUACGAACGCGAAUUGUUAUCAUUACACUAAUAAUAAGAACGGCAGUAUAUAAAUAUACUACUUGAAGAGCGCCAAUAAUAUUUAGAAGAGCUAUACUAUCGGGGUCACGGACUGUAGAAUAUAAUUGUAUUUAUGUUGCAUAGGCAAAUGUAUGUAUCUGUACAUAGAUAAAUAAAUAUUAGAAAUAAAUGUUAUAAAGAAAAAUUA